AUGAUGAUCUUCUUCGAUCCCGAUUCGGUCGACGAAGAGAUCCUCUUAGAGGGCUCAAGGACGGAUCUCGGAAUUGAUCCCAAUUUCGAGUUUCUUUUGGACGAGAUGGGUUUCGGUGACGCAGAACAACCCCUUUUACAGGCUGCACUAAUUAACAAGACCAUUGAACAGCCGAUACUCUCUGUGCAUAGGCUCAUUCAGUCUGCAGCCAUUCGCAGAUUGCCUGAGUCGGACCGGCCAAAGUUUUUCGACACUGCUGUUCAACUGCUGUCAUGGGGCUUACCCUACACGUGGAGCAAGGAUGUCGGCCACCAGAUUAACGCCUGGAAGAAAUGCGAGAAGUGUUUGCCUCAUAUAGACCAUCUUUCAAGGCUUUUCAAGCGGCAUUCCGUCCGAUCUCCGAACUUGCAGCAGUAUGCCGAGCUACUGCUUCGGUGCAGCUGGUAUUUAUACGAGCACGAAACGUAUGACAUCGCGAGAGGACUCCUAGAUUCCGCGGUGAACACUUUUGAGGAUACGUCGACCUUGGCUUAUGCCAGUGCUAUCGAUCUUGCUGGCUUGAUCGAUCUAGACUUAUGCCAUCCCGAACGCGCAUUAAUGCCGUUCCAGAAAGCACUCGAGAUACGCAGGAGUCAGCUCGGACCAGACGACCCAUUCAUCGCUUUCAGUUUGAACAACCCGGUACUUGCAUAUACUGAAUUGAACAGCCUAGGCGAAGCAUACUCGAUACAUCAGCAGGCAAUUGAUAUCCGUCUUCACGCGAAAAGCGACCGGAUCGGAAACUCAUACAGCAACAUGGCUAGCUUGCUUCUGCGGAUGAGGAAGCCAGAUGAAGCUGAAGAGAUGCUUGGAAGGUGUCCUUUUCUGAAGGAUUUUACGGACGAGACGUUCCUGAACACAGGCAACCCACGCUUCUCCGGCGACAUGGUGCUCUUGUCUCGCAUCCAACUCCAACAAGGUCGCGCUGAUGAUGCAAUGCGGCUGGCUUCAAAGGCGCUUGCGUUUCGCCAGAAGGUCCUCGGAAAACGGCUGAGAACACACGACUCGCUGUAUGAUGUGGCAUGCAUCUUGCAUUGA